CAAAGCUUCACAUUAAAAAGCACUGGUAUUGUAGGCAGGAUGAAUAUAUUUACUUCAACGAUGAGACGCCUUAAUAGGAACCAGGUGAAAGGUUCUUAACACAUAAAAAUUAAAAGCGUUCUUACAGCAUAGAUGAAGAGUCAUCAUUCUUUUUUUUGUCGAUAAGCUGCAUCGUCAUGAACAACAACGAGACUAAUUCAACAACAAAUUCUCCCCUCAAGAACAACUCUACUCCUUUUCCAAUAAUUCUCUCAUGUACGGUUCUUCUUGCACUAUUCUCACCAAUAGCAGUGAUAGGAAAUGCUCUUGUUUGUGCUGCAAUUUUGAGGAACUCGUCACUCAGAACACCGUCUUACAUUCUGCUCGCUGGAUUGGCCUUAACUGGCGUCUGCAAUGGGUUAUUCGUUCAGCCUUUUUUUGUUGCAAAUGGGUUGAUCUACUUAACAGACACUCAUCAGAUCAAGCUUUUCGAGAAAAUGACCCGGCCGGCCGCCUAUAUCACAACCAAAGCUAUUAGCAGUGGUUGUGGCGCGUAUUGUUUCCAAGUUACGAUGUUGCUGAUGACGUUCAUGUCAAUUGAGCGAUGGCUGCACAUGACCCGUCGAUCUUUCAUCACUGUUCGUCCCACCAGAGUGACGCUUGUAGUACUGUUGCUCAUCCCUAUCCCGUUAGCUUGGACUUUCGUUGAAGAAACCUUUAGUUAUUUAUUUCGCGUUGCUAUUAUUUCAAUUUUGGUGGUUUGCCUUUCGCUCACAUCAGUAGCUUACUUUAAAGUUUUCAAAACAAUUCGCCGCCAUCAGCAGCAAAUUCACGCCAACGAGUUGCAACAAAACUUUGCCCAACCAGCUAUUAACUUCGAGAAAUACAAGAAAUCUGUGUACACAAUCCUUUUUAUUCUAGCUGCUUUCUAUAUAUGUUUCUUGCCCAUAGCUAUCGCUAUGGUGCUAGCGCUUGUUCGUCCGAUAAAUGAAUUCACUAGCUUAUUUCUCACCAUCGCAACGAUACUUGUGCAUUUAUAUCCUUUGCUUAACCCUCUUCUAUAUUUGUGGCGAAUGAAGGAUAUCCGGAAUGAAGUCAGGCAAUUGGUUAAGAAGAUCUUUCUUCAAGGCAACUAAAUUUGGGAACUGACACAAGCCACGACGACAAUGGCACCGAAAACGCUACCAAAGUAAAAAUUCAAUGAGAAGUACAAUGGCUAUGCACGUGCGUUACAAACUUGUUACAGUUACUAACUGACCUAUCCAAAACAACAACUUGAAAUAACCAAUUAUCCGUGUUCUGGAGAACGUGAGCCCCGACGGCGAAUUAUCAACAUUUCUGUCCAGUCACUUGACAUACUGAGCUGAGGAUAGCUUUAACAGCGACAAACAGCUAGUGAAUUGCACAAGAGAUAUGGGUGAAGGUUAAGAAGAAU